AUGAUGACAGAGACAGAAGGAGCACAAACGAAUGAACAUGAGGCAUCUAUGGGCGACGAAGAAGAUGGCCUCAGUGGACCAUUAUUAAUCGAGCAGCUCGAAGGCAAUGGGAUCACAUCGGGCGAUAUCAGAAAGUUGAAGGCUGAAGGAUACCAUACGAUUGAAAGUAUCGCAUAUACCCCUAAGAAGGCGUUAUUGUUGGUAAAGGGGAUAUCAGAGGCCAAGGCCGACAAAAUCUCUCUUGAGGCCGCCAAAGUGGUGCCCUUAGGUUUCACCACUGCAUCAGAGUUUCACAGCAGAAGAUCCGAACUUAUAUGUAUAACAACUGGGUCCAAGCAAUUGGACACGUUAUUGGGAGGCGGAAUAGAGACAGGAUCUAUUACUGAGGUGUUUGGGGAGUUUAGAACCGGAAAAUCACAGUUAUGUCAUACUUUGGCGGUUACAUGCCAGUUACCGAUCGACAUGGGGGGUGGCGAAGGUAAAUGUUUGUACAUUGAUACAGAAGGAACAUUUAGACCCGUUCGUUUGGUGUCGAUUGCUCAGAGAUAUGGGUUGAAUCCGGAAGAUUGCUUAGAUAACGUUGCAUAUGCGAGGGCAUACAAUGCUGAGCACCAAUUCCAAUUAUUGAACCAUGCAGCACAGAUGAUGUCUGAAUCCCGGUUCUCAUGCUUGAUCGUAGACUCAAUCAUGUCUCUCUACAGAACGGAUUAUUCAGGACGUGCUGAAUUGUCGGCCAGACAGACGCAUGUAGCCAAGUAUAUGAGAACUUUGCAGAGAUUGGCAGAUGAAUUUGGAAUAGCUGUCGUAAUAACGAACCAAGUGGUGGCACAGGUUGAUGGUGCUAGCGCUAUGUUCAACCCUGACCCUAAAAAACCUAUUGGUGGUAACAUUAUUGCCCACAGUUCCACCACAAGAUUGUCAUUCAAAAAGGGCAGAGCAGAACAGAGAAUUUGUAAGAUCUACGACAGUCCUUGUUUACCCGAAAGUGAGUGUGUAUUCGCUAUCUAUGAGGAUGGUAUAGGCGAUCCUAAGACAGAAGAUGAUGAUAAUUAG